ACCUCCUUUGGGUGAAGUGCUAGUUCUAAUUUUAUGCUUGAAACAAUCCAACGUAGACCCUUGACCCUUGUAAGUAGAAAGUCAACGAAUUUCUCAGCAACAUGAGAAAAGUAGGGCCCCUGCAUGGAAAGUAUCCGAGUUUUGAAUAAAGGCCUUGCCUCCCUCACAAUUACACUCACAGCUUAGGAAACGGCAGAUUGUUCGAUAAAUUUAGAAUGAGCUCCCUUACAGUCAGAGUGAUACGAUUGGCAUUCAUCGUAGUAGCAGUUCAGACACAACGUACUGAAGCAGUUAACAAUGAUGGAGCCGUUCUACUUUCUCUUCUCAACAACUUCAGUGCUCCUCCCAACUUUUUCAGAAGCUGGAACUCCUCCGACAACUACCCCUGUCACUGGAAAGGAGUCACCUGCCAUCAAGAUCACACGGUGAGUAUACUUGAUCUUUCUCAAAUCCAACUCUCUGGAACGCUGUCUUCGGCUAUAUGUGGUUUACACAAUUUGAAAGAACUGCAUUUAGCUUCUAACAGUCUGUCUGGUACCAUUCCCCCUGAACUAGGAAAUUGCACAGAGCUAGAGACUUUAGAUCUCUCACAGAAUUAUCUCCAUGGGCAAAUUCCUGUCCAACUAGGUAGCAUAAAAAAUCUAAGAACAUUGUACCUCAAUGAUAAUUUCCUCAACGGAAGCAUUCCCCUCUCCAUUUUUGGGCUUAACAUGCUGGAGGUGAUUUACUUGUCUACCAAUAAUCUGACUGGAGAGAUCCCGUCAAAUGUUGGGAAUCUCACUCAACUAUCCAAAUUAUGGUUGGGAGGAAAUUCCUUAGUUGGAAAGAUACCCACAUCCAUUGCUAAUUGUGAGCAUCUAACAGAACUUUAUGUGCACGAUAAUCAGCUGGUUGGGGACUUGCCACAAUCUUUAAAGCGGCUUUCAAAAUUACAAUAUCUGUAUGCUACUUCCAAUAUGCUUGGAGGUCACAUCCCCAAAUCACUUGGUGACUGCACAAAUCUCAUUGAAGUUGAAUUGUCAGACAAUCAAUUCAGUGGAGAAAUACCGUGGGAGUUUGGCAAGUGCAGUAAUCUCACUAUGACCUUUGCUACUCAAAAUCGGCUCACAGGGCGCAUACCGUCCUCCCUUGGAUCACUGAAAUCCUUGAAGCAGCUUUAUUUGAACGAAAACUUCCUCUCCAGCAGCAUCCCAGCUGAACUUGGGAAUUGCAGUCUUCUGGAGGAGCUCAGCUUACACACAAACCGACUUGAGGGGUUCAUUCCUCCCGAGUUGGGUCGACUGGGGCGUUUACAAAUUUUGUUCUUGUCCGAGAAUUCAUUCCAUGGCCCAAUUCCUCCCCUGCUUUUCAGGGCAAGGAGCCUACGGGAAGUGUAUCUCUACAACAACAGUCUCACGGGAAGCAUAUCUCCAAAAAUUUGCAAUCUUACGCAGUUACAAUACCUAUUUUUGUUUGAUAACCAGCUAUCAGGCUCAAUACCUGCAGAAUUGGGGGCCCGCAGCAGUCUCAAAGGAAUCGACCUAACGAGUAACCGGCUCACUGGCGGGAUUCCUCCGCCACUAUGCUCUUCCGGACGUUUGAAGUUACUACUCAUGGGAAAUAAUCAGUUGGAAGGGAACAUUCCUCCAGAGAUUGGUCGAUGCCGGAGCUUGAGCCGAGUGAUCCUGAGCCACAACAAUCUAACUGGUGUUCUUCCUUCAGAUUUUCUGGGUUCCAAUUCUAUGAUUGAUUAUCUAGAUAUAAGUGGUAAUAAGUUGCAAGGAAGAUUACCAGGGAGCCUUGGGCACUGUAAAAAUCUGAGCUCCAUAAACCUGUCCAUGAAUCAACUGAAUGGUACCCUUCCUGCAGAAUUAGGACAACUCUCCAAGCUACAGAAGUUGAACCUUUCCUGUAAUGUUCUGACUGGUCCGCUUCCUCGGGAGCUAGGUAAAGCUUCUCUCUUGUAUUUUCUGGAUUUGAGUUUCAAUUCAUUCAAUGGCUCUCUGCCGGGCCAAUUAGCCAGUCUACAGAAAUUGCAGUAUCUAAUUAUACAAGGAAAUCGUUUUGGCGGAAGCAUUCCAGCUUGGUUGUCAGACCUGAGACAAUUACUGCAACUAAAUUUGGGGCAAAAUCAAUUCCAAGGUCAAAUUCCGUCAUCCCUAGGAAAUCUAGGAAAUCUAGCUAUUGGGUUAAAUAUAGGCCAGAACAAAUUGAGUGGAAUAAUUCCAGAUGCCCUGGGAAAUCUAAAUAAACUUGAGAGAAUGGAUUUGUCAUCCAACAAUCUCUCUGGCACCAUUCCAUCUGCACUCGACAGUCUUUUGUCCCUGGGUGCAGUCAACAUCUCCAAUAAUCAGCUCAGUGGAUGCCUACCCAAGUCAUGGUUGAAGCUAUGGAAUUCGUCCUCAAGCUCAUUCACUGGCAAUCCAGAUUUGUGCGAAACACAGAACCAGGGUAGUCUCUGUAAAUGCAGGGGCGAUGUUCCACCCUCUAGCAAGGAUAUAAAACGUUUCGGCAAAGUCAAUAUAGUCCUUGUUGUGAUUGGAUCAGUUCUGCUCUCUUGUUUCAUAGUAGUCCUUGUUGUUGUGAUUUCAUGGAGACUUUUAAUCCCCAAAACGAAAUCCACGCCCGAACCUGGAGCAGAAGUGCCGGACGGACUACAAGAAAUUUUUCAAUUAACAGAAAAUCUCAGUGAGAAGUAUGUAAUUGGUAAAGGCGGCAAAGGGGUUGUUUACAAGGUGGAGCUCCCUUCAGGCCAACUGUGCGCUUUGAAGAUGAUACAGUUGGCUCCUAGACACAAAGAGGAGAGGAGCUUAAGAAGGGAGAUCAGAACAGCCGGGCAAGUCCGUCACAGGAAUCUGGUUAAACUGUUGCAGAUGUGGCAAAUGAAAGAUCGCGGUUUCAUUCUAUACGAGUACAUGUCCAACGGGAGUUUGAAUCAUGUAUUGCACGAAAUGAAACCCCCUCCAGUUCUAGGAUGGGAUAUCCGUUACAAGAUUUCCAUUGGCACAGCUCAUGCUCUGUCAUACCUUCACCAUGACUGCAAACCAGGGAUCAUACACAGCGAUAUCAAGCCCUGCAAUAUACUGCUGGAUUCAGAUAUGGAACCUCAUGUUUCUGAUUUCGGGAUUGCUCAACUCAUGGACAGGUCCCUCACUGUUGAUUCUUCCUCACUUAUAGGUACUUUGGGCUACAUUGCACCUGAACGUGGGCAUUCAACCAGAAUGACGGAGAAGAUGGACGUUUACAGCUAUGGCGUGGUGUUGUUGGAAUUGAUAACAAGGAAAAGUGCAGUGGAUUCGAGUUUUGCAGAGGGGAUGGACAUAGUGAGCUGGGUAAAGUCAAACAGGGGAAGGGAAGAAGUGGUGAUUGAUGAAGGGCUUGUAGACGUAGCGAUGGAUUCAGACAUUAAAGGAGACAUGGUGGGCAUGAUCAGAAUUGCCCUGAAAUGUACAGAGGCAAAGGCAGGGGAAAGACCCUCCAUGAGAGAAGUGGUGGAGAUGUUAAGAGCCAUUACGCCCCAGAAUUAUUUAAAUUCAGAGUUGAGUUUUGAAAUGUCCAAGUGAGUGUGCCACAGAUAUACUGCAAUAGAUUUUAGUGUGGAUUGAAAACACUAAGUAGGAUUUUAACGUGUUGUGUUGUUUCGCGCAUCCUCUCUAGCACUGUACUUUUGUUUCUGUUGUUUAGUAUUUUUCAUAGUUUGUUUUUCUAUUUUCUUUUGUUAUUCAGAGGAGCAAUUUCCUAGGUGUACUGGCAUCAGCAAUUAUUAGAACAUUAUUGUAUAUAUAGAUUGUGCUUAAGAAUAUAUUUCUUAAAGUUUAUUUUUA